AUGGACAAGGAAGCACUUUUGGCCUCGUUGGCGAAUACCCUCGAUGCAAACCACGAGGUACGCAAACAGAGUGAGCAGAAGUUGCGUGCGUACGAGGAGUUGCCCGGCUUCACCGCCUAUCUUCUUGAUCUCGUGGUGGAUCCGUCGAUUUCGUUCGGUGUCCAGGUCUCGGCCGCCAUUUUCUUCAAAAACAGAGUCAGCAACUUCUGGGUGGUGCCGGAGUUGAAGGGGGCGACCAGUAGAUAUGUGCAGCAGAACGAGAAGCCGCAGAUCAAGUCCAAGUUGGUGGAGGUGUUGAGUAAAACGUAUAAGAACUCUCAGCUUAGAGUGCAGUUGACCACGGCCAUGAGCUGUAUUUUCGACGCCGAGAAGUGGGAGGAGAUUGUGCUGAUCAUUGAGCACUUGCUCAACGAUACCGGCAAUGUAGACCAUGUGUUCACUGGGCUUCUUUGCUUGUUCCAAUACACCAAGAGUUACCGGUUUGCGGGAAUUGACUCUGCUGCAUCCACAAACAUUGUGAUCAAUGAUAUUGUCGAGAAGACCUUCCCUGCGCUUGAGCAUCUCACAGAGUCCUUGUUGCAGAGUGGAGACUCCGCCCAGUCUGACGAGAUGCUCUACCUUAUCUUGAAGAUCUUCAGAUUCUGUACCAUGGCCAACAUGCCUCCAUACAUCGAGAACCUAUCGAAUUUGGGCAAGUGGUGUCAAAACUUGCUUGUUCUUAUCAACAAACCUCUUCCAGACUACGUGUUGGCGGUCGAGGCCUCCGAGAGAACUCAACUCCCCCGCGUGAAGGCCAUCAAAUGGUGUUUUGGCGAUAUGCUUACUCUUUUGUGGCGUCAUGGUGGUGGUAUCAACACUAAGAAUAAGAAGAGCGCUUUUGCAACCAGCUUCAUCAGCGACUUUGUUCCCCAGAUUCUCUCCACCUAUUGGGGUAUCAUUGAAGAGUGGGCUACUGAGCAAAAAUGGUUGUCCCAGCCCUCGCUUUAUAACUUGAUUUCUUUCUUGGAACAGAUUAUCGAGACUAAUGCUUUCUCUCUUAUCAGCGACAAGAUCGAGGCCAUCACCAGCCAUGUGCUUUUGCCCAUCCUUAGCGCUUCGCAACAAACAAUUGAGCUCUAUGAAGAUGAACCUGAAGAGUAUAUCAGAAGAUUUUUCGAUGUCGGUAAGGAGAAUACUACUGCAGACACUGCCUCAAUCAACUUCCUUUACAGAUUGUCGACUGUAAAGUUUGCCUCUUGCGGAGCUCCCAUUUUGUCAAUCAUAAAUGAAGUCUUCCAAAAGAGAGCUGCAGACAGAAACGAUUUGAAAAUCGCUUGCCAGACAGAGGGAGCCCUUCGUAUCCUUGCUACUAUCUCCUAUAAGUUGGACAAGAAGAGCAGUCCAGUCAAGGGCCAGGUCGAUCAUCUCUUGCACUCAGUAGUGUAUCCCGAGCUCUCCGAGGCAACGCUUUCGAAGACACCCUGGCUCACAGCCAGAGCUUGCGACACCAUUGCCAUCUUCACAUACAAGUUCACAGACCAGAAUGUAUUGCAAGACAUUUUCCAUGGGGUUGUAGCUUGUUUCCAACAACAAGAGCAUUUCCCUGUUCAGUUGACCGCUAUUGACGCCUUGCGCACAUUGGUCGAAGAGCAAUACGUUGCCAUGCAAAUCGCACAACAGGCUCCCCAACUCAUGGGUACAUUGCUUGACAUGUCCAAAAAUUUCGAGAGUGAUAUCUUGACGUCCGUAAUGGAUGUUUUCGUGUCAAAGUUUGCGGCAAACUUGGAACCGUAUGCCAAUGAAUUGUCAUACAGACUCGUGGAACAGUUUCUCGCAAUUGCUCACCAGAUCUUGGAGCAGACUUCAUCUGGUGCCAACAUCGACACUGACCAGGAAUACCAAGCUCUUGGUAUCUUGAACACUCUCACAUCCUUGGUUGUCUCGAUGAACGCAUCUACUGAGGUUGCUGCGUCGUUGGAAUCCACUGUCAGAAAUGUUAUUACAUUUAUCUUGCACAACUCGAUGGGACUGUUCCUCGGAGAGGCUAUGGAAAUGGCAGAAUCUCUUCUUUUUAGUACCGGCAAGAUGUCCCCCUCGCAGUGGGAGAUUUUCCGCGAGACUAUUUCUGCUUUCGACACAUAUGCGUACGACUACUUUGAUUUGUUCCACCCAUAUCUUGAGGCUGUUGUGCAUAGCGCAUUUGCUUCCCCAGACAUCACGAUGGACAGUCCUGAUGUUCAGAGCUUGUUCAGAGUAUGCUUCCAAAUCUUAACAGGAGAGGAGGUCGACCCUGUGUUCGCCAACCUAGCUUUCGAGCUCAUCGAGUUUUCGAUUUUGAGUUUAGGAAACAAAUUUAAUUCAUUCUUGCCCAACUUCUUGCCUCAGAUUUUCUCUGUGUUCACGGAAUUGGAUUCUAACGACGCGUUCGAUGGGUUCAUGUUGCACCACUUGUCUAUUUUGAGAAUCUUCUUCGCCUGCUUGUACGUCAAUCUGUCGUACACAUUGCAAUUCUUGAACGAAAACAACUUCACUAGUUUGUUCUAUAAGUUGUGGCUCAAACACAGCGACGACUUCCAGAGCGUUUAUGGCUGUAAGCUUCAAGUCCUCGCUGCGCUUUCGAUUGUGAUCGACUCUGAUUUGAACCUCAUUGUGGAGGAUUUGGUAGGAGAGACCGUGAACGUGCUCAUUUCAAACCUCGAAAGUUUGCCUCAUGCAAUCCGUGCGAGACAAGAGCUCCUCGACCGCGAAAAUGGUACCAGACCAAAUAAGGACUUUGAAAGUGGACAAGAAGAAGGCGGUGAAGAGGAUGAUGCUGAUUUCUACGAGGACGAUUUGGAGGCCGAUGAGGCCGAGCUCGAAGCAUUGAAGCAAACGCCAAUCGACUCAAUCAAUGUCUAUGAAGUCUUUGCCGAUAAGACCACUGCCACACAGCAGAACGACCAGAACCGAUACCAGAUUGUUUUCGGAAACCUUGAUGAGUCUCAAAAAGAGAUUGCCAUGAGAAUCAUCAAUAUUAAUCAGCAACAAAAGAACGCUGCAGCUCUUGCGUAA